CCUGCGCCGCCAGGAUGUGGAAAGGGGGCUGACGUCGAGUCCAGAUGUGGCCCCGGCCCCGCCCAUCCCCGGGGCCGGUCCGCCCACACUGAGCCGCGGCGCGCACGGCGGCUGUCCCGCCUGCCAUAAUGCGCGGUGAAGGUGCGGCUGCAACUUGCCGGGGUCAUCCCUAACGUCGCCGCUCGACAUCCUUAGGACAGGCCGGCCCUGACGUCGCGCGCACCCCUCUGGUCCGCGCCCCCCAUGCGCUCAGUCUCCAGUGCCCCGCCGGGAGGACGCGGAGCCGCGCGGGUGACGGCACAGGCGGUUGCGCGCCCAGCCUAGCCCAGCCCAGCCCGAGGAGAGGGCGCGCCGCGCCCCCGCCCCCCGUCGCUCUCCGGAGGCCGUGGGUGCGGAUGCGCCGCUGACGACUCGCAGCGAGAGCAUUGCCGCCCGCCCGCCGGCUGGAGCCGUCAGCAUGGCAGCCGCCGCCUAUGUGGACCACUUUGCCGCCGAGUGCCUCGUGUCCAUGUCCAGCCGCGCGGUAGUCCAUGGGCCGCGGGAAGGUCCCGAGCCCCGGCCCGAGGGCGCGGCUCCGGCCGCCGCCCCCACACUGGCCCGCGCCGACGAGCGCCGCGACGGCAAGGACAGCACCUCCCUCUUCGUGGUGGCGCGGAUCCUAGCGGAUCUCAACCAGCAGGCGCCGGGGCCCGGCCUGGUGGAACGCAGAGAAGGGGCAGCUGCCCGCAAGGCGAGGACCCCUUGCCGCCUGCCGCCAGCGCCCCCCGCACCGCCGCCCGCGCCGCAGCCCUCCUCCCCCGUCCGGGAAGGCGCGCCGGCCGCACCCCCCAGCCCCGUGUGGAGCGAGCCCGACCCCGAGGCGGGAUUGGAGCCCGAGCCGGGCCCCGCGGGGAGCGGCGAACCCGGCCUGAGACAAAGGGGUCGGCGGGGCCGGAGUCGCGCGGACCUCGAGUCCCCGCAGAGGAAGCACAAGUGCCACUAUGCGGGCUGCGAGAAAGUUUACGGGAAAUCCUCGCACCUCAAGGCGCACCUGAGAACUCACACAGGUGAGAGGCCCUUCGCCUGCAGCUGGCAGGACUGCAACAAGAAGUUCGCGCGCUCCGACGAGCUGGCGCGGCACUACCGCACCCACACGGGUGAGAAGAAGUUCAGCUGCCCCAUCUGCGAGAAGCGCUUCAUGCGCAGCGACCACCUGACGAAGCACGCGCGGCGCCACGCCAACUUCCACCCGGGCAUGCUGCAGCGGCGCGGCGGGGGCUCGCGGACCGGCUCGCUCAGCGACUACAGCCGCUCGGAUGCCAGCAGCCCCACCAUCAGCCCGGCCAGCUCGCCCUGAGCGCCCGUGGGCAGGACCCACCCAGCGGGCAGGACCGACCCUCCAGGGCCCGCAGCACCACAGCCAUGAGCAGCCCUGCCUCCCUCGCCCCGCCCCUGCCUUUUGUAAUAGGAAAGCUGAGAGAACUUUAAAGUCCACAGCAAAACACUUUUCUUCACCUCAGGUGUCAGUUUUUAAAAAAACAAAAUACAAAAAAUAUCAAAAAACACCAUCCACAAAUUGCACAAUACAGUUAACCCACAGAAUUGAGAUUCAUUGGUGUUGAACCCCCAACCCCUUUCUCAGGGAUGGACAUGGUCCAUGAGGUCAGUGAGGGCACCCCUUUCUGCCGCCUUACUCUGUACAUAGAUUUGCACUCUGGAGUUUUCUAUGAGGUUGGGAACACACUGGGGCAGAGUUAGGCCAGCUAGUGCUGGUCCCUCAGCCAGCUGGAAACAGUUGUGGUCAUUGAUAUUAUGCUUCUGUGGCAGAUCCCCAAAGGGGCAAGUCCUGUGUUCCCCCUUUUCCUGACUACCCACUCAGCUGUGGUCCUCUGCCUCAUGGCCUAGCUUAGAGCACAGGUGGGUCUGAGGGACAGGUCACUUCAGAGGGAUGCCAUAAGCCAUGCCAGGCCACAGGAGUACUGUGCCUGGGGCACUGGAGAGGGGCAUCUGCCCUCAGUGGCCAGCUCUACCUGCCUCACUCUCUGCCUCCAGAAGCCCUUAGAGAACUGGAAGGCCAGAUGCAAGCCCUGGGUAGGGAAACCAUUGCUGCCAACAACCCAAGGAGGCGGCCUGGGCCCUGCUUGCCCUACAGAAGGCACCUGGGACCCUUCACAGUUGCACCAUGUUCUCUGAUUAGAAAAUAGAACCUGGGAAUGCUAUUGUAAAACUGCUUCAGAAGUUGGUGGUGUUUCGUCCAGCUCCCAAGCUCUGUGCCCUGCGCCACCAUGGAGGCACCUUUGUUUGAAGCAGCAGUCUUCCCCUCUUCAGUCCCCUCUUCAGUCUGUAUGUGUGGCCCUGCCUAUGGCAGCACUCACAUCGCAAGAGACUUUUGGUGGCAAGAGACCGACAUCUCUUUAAGUUGGAACAUUUCCAGAACAGCACAGCAGAUGUUAUAGGAAAAUACCAUUGGCGAAUGCAAGAGUUCUGCUUUUGCUGGGGUGGGGGGCGGGGAGGAUACCACAGAUACUGUGGGAAUAGCCUUCUCAGACCCCUGAGUCUCAGGCAGUGCAGACUUAGCAAUCUACUGCUUUGAAUGGUCGGUCUCUCUCCGCCUUUUCCCUCCUGCUUCUGCUUGCCCUGCCUGGGAGGAUCCAAGCUGCAUCCAGCCUGCAGGGCCCCAGGGCUGGCCUGCUGGUAGGACAACUGGAGUGGAAGGCAGACCUGUUUCUCCUAGAGCCCAAAUCUGGGCUGCAUUAGCUUCAGAUCCUGGGUCUGGUCAGCAAGACCUUGUUCCUAGUUCCUCUGCAGACCCUUGGAGUGUUCAUCUACCCCAGCUCUGUAGAGAACCAGGCAUUGCCUCCUCUUCCUCCCAAGAACUGGGGCCUAGGAAUACAAGGCCCCAGGACAGAGUAUUUGUGUGCGUGUGUGUGUGUGUGUGUGUGUGCACGCGUGCACAUGUGUUUUGGGUGGGUGGGCUUGGGGUGGACGUGGGUUAUCUUAGCCUCUCAUUUUAAUGUGGAGGAUCAGGAUCUGCCCUUGUGACUUAGAGGGCCAUAGAUGGGCUUCCUGGGCCCAGAGUGCCUUGGUUGCGGCCAUUCUGCCUCCGUACCAACCCUUACAUGGUGUAGGGUACAACACAGGGAAAUCCCAGAGACCGUGCCCAGUUGGGCCUGUAGUUCCUGGCUGUUAUGUCAUGUGGAUCUGGGAUACCCCUUUCUAACUACCUGUGUCAGCUGUAAGAGGCUAAUGGCAUGUGGUGGCUUCUGGUAGCACAGUAAGUGCUGAGUUGGGCUUUGGCAUUAUUGCUGCUGUGGGUGGGCAUGAUGGGCAGGGUUGGUCCCUGCCUCCCUCCAUCCAGUGCAAAGCUGGCAGCUCUGCUGACUUUGGGCCCUGUGACAGCUCUGCUUGCAUUUGGUCUGGAGAAUACAGUGGAAUAUGUGGUCGGGACUUUUGACUGAAGAGAACCCUGGGUACUUGGGGUAUGGUGGUCUUAUGCCCAGUUCCAAAGUGUAGUCCCUCCCAAAGUCAUUUGUGUGAGACAGAGAAAGCCACACUCUGAACACAUUUCAUGUCUCAGGAAUUCACAUUCCAGGUUCAGGAAUUUUAUUCCAAAGUCCUUUGGUGCACCCACAUCCACAGUUCUGAAGGCAGAGAGAGGCAGCUGGUGUGCCCCAGAGGCCAGCAAAGCGCUCUCUCUAGGAGGAGCCGAGUGUCUCCUUGUGAUCUGUUCACAGUAUCACAGAAGGAGGCUUUCUAACUCUGCAACUGUCUGCACAUAGGAAGGGUAAAAAGGACUCUAAACCCAGUCAUCUUGGAAUAAAAGAAAGAGCUGGUUUGUUUUAGAGCGGGUUGGGGGGUGGGGGAGGGAAAGUGGGUGUAGGCUGUUUCCAAAGAGAGCACUUAAUUUAAUUUUUCCUCUAAAUGACCCAGGGCUGUUCCAUCUGAUAGAUGGAAGGGUAAUAUUGCCUUAAAACAGAAAUAUGCAGGCGGUGGCUAUUUUUGGCAAAUGAACAUUUCUUCAUUCCCAAAGCAGUUCUUUUAAUGGCAGGGUGCGGUCCUUCAGCAUGAGGCUAGGGCACCCCUGGUGGACCCUGCCCCCAUCAUCAGAGGCUUCAGUUCAUGUCAUUGAGGGGUGGGAGGAAGGGAGGAAUAUGACUUGGGUUCAGUUCCAGUGGUUCUCCUUAGGGUCCUGUCUCAUAAAUGAGGGAUACCUUCCAAGAUGCAGAAUGUCUUCCCAGCCUGGGUCUACUGCAGGGCCUUUCAUUCUUGUGCUUAUGGCCAUACUUGCUGGUUUCGGUGUGACUGAGGAACCCAUAGAGCUCCUAAAAAGAGCACUGAAAAGUCCAAACCUUCAUUUUGGGGCCACAGAGGCAGAAAUUCCACAAUGAAAAGUGCCUGAGUGAAGGGGGA